GGGGGGGGGGGGAGAGAGAAAGAGAGAGAGAGAGAUAGGAGAGAGGGAAGGGGCAGAAGUAUAGAGAGAGGAACAGAGUGGGCGGGGGUGAAUGAGAGUCCAUGAUCACAAGGGAUAGUCUACCCUCUGCAGUGUUGUUUUCCCUCCUUUUCUAAACGGUUUCUUUAAAAGAUGACUAAGGGUACUAGUUCAUUCGGUAAACGUCACACCAAGACCCACACUCUUUGCAGACGUUGUGGCAACCGCUCUUUCCACAAGCAAAAAAAGACCUGUGCUCAAUGUGGUUACCCUGCAGCCAAGACCAGAUCUUUCAACUGGUCUGAAAAGGGUAAGCGUAGAAAGACCACCGGUACUGGUCGUAUGGCUCACUUGAAGGACGUUCAACGUCGUUUCAAGAACGGUUUCCGUGAAGGUACUCAAGCCAAGAAGGUUGUUGCUGCUUCUGCUUAAAUAGUUCUUUGAUCUGUUUCUUCUCUUUUUUUUUCUUAAAAUAAAGAGUUACAUUCAAGGAGAGUUCCUUUCACAUGCUACCCGAGUUUACCCUGAAAGCCAACUUUUUUUUUUUUUUUACUCGUUGCACACAUACUAAAAAACUCCACAAAAAAAUUCAUGUCAUCUUUCU